AUGAUAUAAAAUAUAUUAUUUGAAACAUUGUGAUGAUUAAAUGGUGAACGUAUGUAACUAAAGUUUCAUGUAGCGUAAACGCUGGCAACAUGCUUCACUCUGUGAUUAAUGUUUACAAGCACUUAUUUAUAUACAUUCUAUAGACACAGAUACUUGAAGAACGACAAGAUCAGAUCUGCUUGAGAUCUGAGAUCUGAGAACACAAUGCGAAACCCGAAGAAUAGUCGAAAUGCUUGUUUUACGCAAAAAAACAAAACGAAGCAAAACAUAAAAAACAAUACGAGGAAAAAAUUAACACAUUGAAUGCUUCGGAGACUGAAACGACUGCUUUCGCAUUCGCAUUCGCAUUCUCAGUAUCAGCAGUGAUCAGCAUUGAUUUCGAUUAAAAAAAAUUUCGUUUGGCAAUCUUGACGACUUGGCGAUAUAAAAGCACCCGAAAAAGGCACCGGUCAACCAUAAGACGCCUUCAAGUCUAGCUGACUGGACACGAGUAGAUAUUGAGGUUGAGUCUUCGAGACGCUCUUUUAAAACUUUCGGUCAUCAAAAAAUGCAACUAAAGAAUUUAUGCAAAUUUUGUGGAGUCUAAAUUAAAAAAUUUUGAAAGUAGAAUAUAUCAAAAACCUAUUAAACCUACAAAACAAAAACGAAAGAUUGUGUCUCUUUGAAAGAAGUCAAUUAAUAUCUCUCGAUACGUGGUGGUAAAGUGCGAAAAAAUUAAAUGUCAGAAGUCAGAAAAAGGCAUUCAAAUUAGCAAACAUUUUAUUAGUGUAAAUUUAAUUUGUGCUCAAGUGACAAAGUAUUUGCAAAAUUAUAUUUGCUAACUAAAACGAUAUUCUUACGUAAGGAUAUUUAAAAUUAUAGUGUUGUUUAUAUAAAAGGAUUAACUUAAAACUAACAAGUGAAAAUGUCACACAAAGGUCCGGAGAAAUAUUUUCUGCACAUCAUUUUAGUGCUAAUAUCCUGCAGUGCAGCACUUGCCUGUCAAGGAAAAUUAUUAGUAACGGGCAUCACAGAAGAAGAAAAGCGUGUAAUUCUACAAGAACACAAUAGACUUAGGCAGCUCGUGGCGACGGGUCGUUAUCCUGGUCAACCUGCAGCUGAAAAUAUGCGAGAAAUCGUUUGGGAUGAUGAAUUAGCUGCUCGUGCUCAGAAGUGGGCAGAAAAUUGUCAGUUUCGACAUGAUCCUCUUCGGACGAUAAAUCGCUUUACAAUGGGUCAGAACUUAGCUAUAAUAUGGAGCACUGCCCCUCUAGCACCCGAUGAUGGCGACUUUCCAUCUCGCAUCCAAAGCUGGUUCAAUGAGGUUCAAAAAUACUCAUUUGGCGAUGCUUGGUCUCCUAAAACUGGUCAUUAUUCUCAGCUUGUCUGGGGAGAAACCAGUUUAGUAGGAUGCGGCUUUGCUGAAUAUAAAGAUUCAGUGAAGUACAACAAAUUGUAUGUGUGUAAUUAUGGACCAGGUGGAAAUGUCGUCGGGUAUAAUCCAUAUGAAGUAGGAAAACCAUCAUGUGCAUCAUACGGUAUGAGACCAUCAUCACGUUAUCAAGGACUGUGUGCAGCACCAAAUGCAGCAUCGAAUGGACUCACUACAAACACCAUUGAAACGUAUGAAUUUAAUCAAAAUAACGCUUAUAACAACAAACAAACUGCCUAUUCAACGCAUUAUCCUCAACCUGCCUCCUCCUCAUACACUCAACAGGCGCCGGCGUUUGACGAUCCCUCAACAUCGCUAUCAGACGGUAUAUCGUCAGGAGAUCCCGAUACUGGUUCCCAGGCCUACAAUUCCGGUGCGUCGUACGCAACUGAAGCCAAUCAAUACAAAUACAAAAACAAACUUGAAGCGUAUAAGCCAACAGCCGAAGAAUUUCAGAAAUCUGUACUCAAACAUACAAUACUACGGACAUUUAUAAAACAGAACAACCAGCCAUUCCCAUUCCCAACAUCAGCAAACAACCAACAAGAGUCUGAAACAUAUGUCAUUCAAGAGCAAACAGAAUCCAAUACGCCGAAACCAGCCAAAAAGGGUUGGAGUCUUUUGACGUGGCGCGGCUAAAAUUGACGAAUUUCGAUUGAAAAUUUUUUCAAAACUAUUUCAAAACAAUUUCAACGAAUUAUUCAAAAUAUUAGCUUUUUAGCAAAUUCUUUUAAUCAUUUUUUACGCUUUAACUGCAAAUAACUGCCUUGUGGUCUUUACAUAGGCAUGGCAUUCACUCCUAAAAAUAUUUUUGUGAAAUUUUAAGAUGAAGUUUUUUCAAUUUUUAUUUUUUAUAAAGAGUAAAAUUUAAUUUAGAGAUUAGUUAAGCUAUACAUGUGUGUCACAGUAUAGCAUCCUGUAUUGCCAUCUGAUAUUCGUAUUAGGUUCGUUGUAAAAACAAUCAUUGCCAUUUAACUUUUAGUGAUUAGUAUACAUAAAAUAUUUUAUUAGCUUUUUAAGGCGCGCUCAUAAGUUUAGGCUUAAUUCGAAUUUCGUCAAUUUGUGUUAACCACACCCACUCUUAAGAUUUACUGAAAGACUUAUUCAUUUGUUAACAACUUUAUCACAUCAUUCCUAUGAUCACUUACAUUUCCGGUUUCCUCAUAGAUGACAAUUCCAACUCAGCGUCCUCGCACAGCAGCCUCACACAUCAGAACCCAUCAGCGAGCAGCACAAAAUCUUCAAUUUUAUUUUUAACUUUAUUUUUAUAUACUUCUGAUUGUGAUUAAGACUACAAGUACUUCAUUUCAUUGGACAAAUGUAUCUUUUAAUGUUAAUUUAUAUUUUAUUGAAAAAGUAUCUAGCGCUCAUGUCUUCUCCAAACAAAUGUUUGUAUCAAAUAUUUGUUCUAUGUACUUUUAUAUCGAAAACUAGACUAAACACAACCAUUUUAUUUAAAUUUAAAUCACUCUACUGUAUGAAUUAUGAAUUAGUAUCUAUAAGGAUACCCCAGAAUGAAUGCUUUAUACAUUGUAUUAUUUGACAAUUUAUAUACACAUUUUGUUAUUCACUUAAGGCCUUUGUAAUUCUGUGUUCUUGUUUGAUAAAAAAUUAA